GCUCAGCUCUCCUCGUUUUCCCUCCUCCUCCUCCUCCUCCUCCUCUUCCUCCCUCCCCAUCUCCAGCAGCUCCUCCCCCAGCCCUUGUGCGGGACUCCAUUUUCCCAGCCCCAAAGUCUCCAAGGAAAGGGGCCUUGGGAGCGCGCAUCCAAGAUGGAAUAACCAACCUUUUUUUCUGCUCACCCACCCUCCUUUCCCCCCUUGAUUUGGAGGGAAAAGAGCAGCAAGCGAGCCCCCCAGAUCGACGCCUUUUGUGUGUGUGUUGCGUGGCGGUGCGACUUGUUUGCGCGCUCCUUCCUGGGUGCGUUUCUUUUUGUGGUGGUCUGUGGAUACAUCGUGUGUUUUGCCUUUCCCCCCUCUUUUUGGGAGGCGAGAAUGGACGAGCAAGGGCGGCUGCUGCAGGCGCGGGGCCCGGUGGGUCUUCCGGGCCACCCCUCGGUGCCCGGGGUGCCGGCGAUGCCCCCGCACGCCCUCCACGAGCCCCCCUCGGACAACGGGGAGCCCCGCAAGCAGGACAUCGGAGACAUCCUCCAGCAGAUCAUGACCAUCACGGACCAAAGCUUGGACGAAGCGCAGGCAAAGAAACACGCGCUGAAUUGUCACCGCAUGAAGCCGGCCUUAUUCACCGUCCUCUGUGAAAUCAAAGAAAAAACAGGACUCAGCAUCCGAAGUUCCCAGGAGGAGGAGCCCGUGGAUCCCCAGCUGAUGCGCCUGGACAACAUGCUUCUGGCCGAGGGGGUGGCCGGGCCUGAGAAAGGUGGGGGCUCUGCGGCGGCUGCAGCGGCUGCAGCAGCAGCAGGUGGAGUGUCCCCCGAUAACUCCAUUGAGCACUCUGACUACCGGAACAAGCUCUCGCAGAUCCGCCAGAUCUACCACUCGGAGCUGGAGAAGUACGAGCAGGCUUGCAAUGAGUUUACGACACACGUGAUGAACCUGCUUCGGGAACAGAGCCGCACGCGUCCCGUGUCACCAAAGGAGAUUGAGCGCAUGGUCAGCAUCAUUCACCGGAAAUUCAGCUCUAUCCAAAUGCAACUGAAGCAGAGCACAUGCGAAGCCGUCAUGAUCCUCCGCUCCCGCUUCCUUGAUGCCAGGCGGAAGCGACGCAAUUUCAGCAAACAGGCCACCGAAGUACUUAAUGAGUAUUUCUACUCGCACCUGAGCAACCCCUACCCCAGUGAGGAGGCGAAGGAGGAGCUUGCCAAGAAAUGCGGCAUCACAGUCUCACAGGUCUCAAACUGGUUCGGGAACAAGCGCAUCCGCUAUAAGAAGAACAUCGGCAAGUUCCAAGAGGAAGCCAAUAUUUACGCCGUGAAAACGGCUGUCAGCGCCGCACAGAGUGGGGGCGACUCCCCCAACACCCCCUCCUCCGCGGGCUCUGGUGGCUCCUUCAAUCUCUCCAGUUCUGGGGACAUGUUCAUGGGCCUGCAAGGUCUGAAUGGAGACUCCUACCCGACAUCACAGGUGGAAUCGAUGCGUCACUCCAUGGGGCCCGGUGGCUACGGAGACAGUAUGGCCGCCACCCAGAUGUACAGCCCACGGGAAAUGAGGGCUAAUGGUGGUUGGCAAGAAGCGGCCACUCCAUCCUCCGUGACUUCUCCAACAGAAGGUCCUGGCAGCGUCCACUCCGACACCUCCAACUGAUCCUGUUGUGCCAUGCCUCUAUCUAAAACCUCCCCCAAGCCCUCUUUUUCAUGCUCCUCCUGGCUCCAGGGAAGGAAAACACACCUGAACUCAGCCGGGCAGGGAAAGGACUCUUUUCACUGCCAAGGGAUCACUAUGCUGGGGUGGGGAUGGGGAGGGAAUCCAGUACUGCACUCCUCAAGAUUCAAGGUGGCCGUGCUCCCUGGGGAAAAUAAGUCAGAAGCCGCCCGAUGUGAUCUAUCCCAUGAUCCCGAGGGGCACCUCUUAGUAAACAAGAUGCAAGCCUGGAAAUGGUGAAGGGGACCCAAUAUGAAGACAAGGGGGCGGUGGGGUGGGGAUGGGCAGAAGAAGGACAGUUUAUCUCCUUGGAGGGACUGGGGGAAUAGUCGUACAUGGCACCUGCGAUCAGUAUCGCAACCUGCUGGAUUGAUCUCAUAGGUAACAUCUGCCUGAGAGGGACCUAUAUAUAAAUGGCAUCUCCUGUAAGAUGUGAUCCAAGAUGGCAGCAGCGCUGAGAGGUCUCUUGGGAUGAGACAGGAAGUUUGCCAAACAGGGCUUCGAAGUUGGCAUCUCUCCAUGACGGGAUGAUUCCAAGAUGGCAAACCGGUGUCUUCCUGUUACAAUUGACUUGCAGUGUUUUUUUUUUAAAAAGGAGAAACAAUCAAAGAUUUGGAUUCUGUGUCGACCCCAAGAUGGCAUCUUCUCCCCUGGCCGUGCUCAUCCAGGACAGCGUCAUCCUAUACAGAAUCCAUUAAAAAAAGAAAAGAGAAUAAAAGAAUGAAAAUGAACACAGAAAGUGCUGCUUUGCUCCAGUCUGGACACAAGAUUGUGCAAGAUGACAGCGAUAAACUCUUGUGUGGGAUAGAUAACCCAAGUACCUUGGCUUGAAGAAGUGUUUCCUUGCAUACAAAGAUGUAAGACAGCUAUAAUCUGAAUGAGGAAGUGGAUGUCCCUCUGAGAUGCCAUCUAGAAAGAAAUUUGGGAGCCAAUAUGUGGCUGACAGGUGCCCCUGUUUAGACUAAGAGAUGUAGCCGACAGGCAUCUCUCCAUUAAGCUGAGCUCUCAAACACAAUAUGGUACUUUUAUCUAACAGACCAUGGUAGUUGGUGGAGGUUAGAUCACAGUUCAGAACACUAGAGGAGGAGAAGGAGUAGCAAGCACAGACUUCUGACCUCCUUUUGUGCACGGCUGGAUGCUUGAAAUAGGCUAGGGAUGGAUGGAGCCAUUGGGAAAAGGGAGCCCAUCUCACCCAAAGCAUACCUGUUACAUUAGCUGCAUUGCGAGUAGUGGGGAUCCAUUUUUCUUCCUAUCAGAGUGCAUCUACUCUGUAGAAUGAAUGCAGUUUGACACCACUUGAGUUGUCAUGGCUCAGUGCUGUAGAAUCGUGGGAGUUGCGAUUUGGAGAGGCCCAGCGCUCUUUGGCAGGGAGUACUGAAGACCUUAAAACUAGAAUACCAAGUAUCCCAUAGCAUUGAACCAUGCUCUUUAUCAAACUGCCUUCAGUCUUGAUUUCCAUCCCUUUUAAACCCCCCUCCCAACCAUUUAUUUUAAACUGAUCACUUCCUAUUAUCUAUUUUUUCUUGCUAUUUCACAGUCUUGCUGCUUUUCUGUCUUUUCAAUUCUUAUCCCUCCCUUGACCUCUAGCACCGGGCUAGGGCUUCUUUCUACGAGUCAAAUGUUAUAACCAACCAGGUUUUCCCUUCUCUGAGACAUUUUUUGCCAGCCGGUCAUCUUGGGCAGAACAGAAAAAUGUACUGUCCAGAAACAAAGAUAAAAGUUUUCCACAAAAUGGUACAGAUUUGGGUGUGAGUGCUGGUCUGGUGGCAAUAGUGAUGGCUAUGUGGCGGCUCAGGAUUUAAUUACAUUUAUUAUAUAUUCCAAAUGGUGUGGUUUUUUAAAAAUAGGUAGUCUCACACACCAUUAUAGUUUUGAAUGAAAAUCAUCCCCCGUGGACCUGUUACUGUCAUUGGAAGGAAAUUUCCCAUUCAUAGGAACUGGGAUACAAUAGGAGGAUUGCUGGGAUCGUGAUGGGAAAAGUCUUGACUCCUCCUUCAUGCUUCCUAGAGUCUUGCUCACCUCACCUGAAUGCUAUUUUUUUAUCUUAAAAGAGGAAAUCACAACUGUAAACUCUCCACAUUUGCUGGGUUUAGGGGCACAGGACCCUCAUGAAAGAGAAAAACCAUGAAUGAUUAACUUGCUCAUUUGUGCCUGUGAGAAUAAUCAAACCUGCAAAAAUCAAAAUGGCAAAUGUGGAGGGGUAACUGAUACGCUUAAUGAAAUGUAUGGUUCAGAAAUCUCAAGAAAUGUCUCUUUUGGCCAUUAUCACAGUUCCCUGAAAACUGCCAGCCAAGAUUAAUAAUAAUAAUAAUAAUAAUAAUAAUAAUAAUAAUAAUAAUACUUUAUUUAUACCCCUCCACCAUCUCCCCAAAGGGACUCGGGGCGGCUUAUGAAGAUUAUAUGAAGAUAGUAUAAAUGGUUUAGCGUGCACACCCAUAGGGAAAUGUGAAAGUUGGUGAAGCCUCACCAGUUUCCCAUAUAAACUGUAUAGAUGUCAUAGGAUAGUGUUACUCAAAAUAGUGUUCCCUGAUCUAUUGGCUGCCAGUCCCUACAGUAUUUGCAGGAGAGGACUGGUUGUUGCCAAUGAACACAAACGGGAUUCCAGUCCCUGGCUCAGUGAAAAAAAUAAUUGCUGGUUCCAGGGUGAGAUGUCUUUUGCAGUACCUAGGAGUGGUGCCGUAGCUGUGUGUUACAGAUUUCCUUGCAAAGGAAACCUAAAGCAUAGAAACAGCUAUGGAUGGUAAAGUAGUGUUUUGUCAGGAACAGUGUAAUGGCUUUAAAUAGUCUGGCAGUGUAGUGCUUUGCAGUCAAAAUGUAUGCUGUGUGGACUAAAACACAAUAUUAGUACUGUAUGCCUUUGGUUGUGCAAAAAAGCUCUGGAUACAGCCGGCCUUCCACAUUCACUAGUCAAAAACCAUGAAUAAAGAAAUUAUUUUUAUAGGAGCCUCGGUGGUGCAGUGGAUUAAACCCUUGUGCCGGCUGGACUGCUGACCGAAAGGUUGGGUUGCUGACCUUUUGUCCCUUGCAGGGACAUGAGAAAAGCAUCCGGGCAUCCCCUGGGCAAUGUUUCUGUAAACAGCCAAUUCUCUCACACCAGAAGCGACUUGCAGUAUGUUUUCAAGUGGUUUCUGACACGAUUAAAAAACCCACUAUUUUAUGUAAGGGAAUUCCUCUCUAGGGAUUUCUAGAUCUUCCAGCAUGGCUGUGUGGUCAGCUUUCAUUGACAUUGCAUUGCAUUGGAGGACCUAGACAUUCCUAAAAAGGACAUCUUUAAUCAAAUCUGUGAAUAACCAAAUCUGCAAAAGUCAAAACCACAACUCAACACAUUGGUGCCUGUGCUUCUGUUUUUCUUUUGUCCCGAUAGAAAGCAGCUUGGAAAAAUAAUUGGAACACAACCUAUUUAUGAUUGUCCAAUUUCUUUCUACCCUUCCUCCCUUCCUCCCCCUUUUUCUUUCUUUCCUCAUCUCUUCUGUCGCAAUGCAAGGGGAUGUAACCGCCUGGGUCUAUGAGGUUAAAUUUGGCUUAAUCCCAAUAGAGGGCUUAGUUCAGAGGUAUAUUUUCACUAUUAGGAUGGGGAGGGGGGAAUAGUAUGAAUGUGUAAAUAGUACAAUAUGGAGUGUGAAUGAUCUGAGCGAGAAAGACUGAGCUGAGGAGUAAGAUGAAGACGUUAGUCUAAAAAACAUUGGAUCCAAGAACAGAUGCGGAGACAUAAACUGGAUGAUAUGGAUAGCUCUUGGAACCGGUGAAACAAGAUGAAUAAAAACUUGCUGGAAUGGAGACAUGGUGGGAUGCUAAACUUUAAAAUUUCCUAAUGGGAACGGAAAGUAAAUAUGGAGGCAGGAAUAUUAAAACUAGAAGAGUUAAAAACUGUUGAGAUUAUGGGCCGGAAAGGGAGAAGUUAGAACAGUAGCAGAAAGGAGUCUAUAGAGUGUGUAAAAAAUUAUUCAUUGGGGGGGAAACUCAGUGGCACCUCUUCUAAACAGAAUGGAUAUUCUGGGAGAAAUUGAUGGAAGAGGGUAUGAGAAGAUACCAGAAUAAGGCUCAAAAAAGGGAAAGUGAAUAAAGUCAGUUGAAAAGAAUAGAUGGAGAAAGAACCUGAUCCUGGAAGGCAUCGGACACCAACACGAUUUGAACCAAGAAUGAAUGUGAUGUGCAAGAUUUUCCGGUGACAUAAGAGGCAAGAGCAAUGUCAAGUGACCGGACCCACCAGGCGCUCCCCUCCGUGCUCACGGGAGAGCUCCACGCUAGUCAGUCCAAUCGCUUUAUUACCUCAUGGCGCAAGAAACCAAUAGAGACUCGGGACAGAGACCUUUUGAACCUGCUACCUCUGUGUGCCCUGGGCCAAUGGGGGAGACCAGGCUGGGAGGAAAUGUCCCCCCCCCCCCCAAAAAAAAGACAUUGCCCCAUUCCCCUUGACGGAGGGUGCUGGGGCCCAUUGCCUGACUGGCCAUUGGACUUCUUCUGUUUUUGGCUCUAGGUUUCCUUUGCUUUUAUUAUUCUCAUCAUUAUUUUUCUUCUAUAAAAUUGAUGACAAGUUUU